AUGUAUCGAAAUCUGAAACAAACUUUCUGGUGGCCAAAUAUGAAAAAGGAGAUUGCAGAAUUCGUCGCUAAAUGUUUACAAUGUCAGCAAGUAAAGGCAAAACACCAGAGACCAGCGGGAUUGCUGCAACCCUUUCCGAUUCCAGAAUGGAAAUGGGAACAUCUGACUAUAGAUUUUGUUGUAGGCUUGCCACGGACUCUCCGUGGUAUGAAUUCUAUAUGGGUCAUCGUAGACCGAUUAACUAAAUCUGCACACUUUCUGCCUGUAAAGACCCAGUACAAUGCAGACAAACUCGCUGUAAUUUAUGUGAAUGAAAUUGUAAGACUCCAUGGUGUUCUGCUUGGACCCUCUCUCUCCCUCUUCGUCGCAGUCAUCUCCAAGAAACCAUUCUUGAUCCUCACCGUUCUCUCCAGUACACUGGUAUGGCUGAUAAGUUUAAUAGUUCUAUCAGGACUGUGGAGAGGUUUUCUUCCGCUGAAAACAACAGCUUGGUGGCCAUAUGGGAUUCUUAUACUCACUUCUGUUGCCUUUCAAGAAGGACUUCGCAUUCUCUUUUGGAGAGUCUACCAGAGGCUGGAAGAUAUAUUGGAUGCUUUUGCCGACAGAGUCUCAAAACCGCGGCUCUUUUUGACAGAUAAGAUGCAAAUUGCUCUUGCUGGUGGUAUGGGUCAUGGUGUGGCCCAUGCUGUCUUUUUCUGUCUCAGCCUCUUAACACCUGCAUUCGGCCCAGCAACAUUUUAUGUUGAUAAGUGCUCACAAAUACCAUUUUUCCUUGUUUCUGCAAUUAUUGCUCUUGCAUUUGUUACGAUCCACACUUUCUCAAUGGUCAUCGCAUUCAACGGAUAUGCAGAGAAGAAUAUAGUCGACCAAUUAUUUGUUCCCAUAGUUCACCUCAUUUCAGGAAUGCUGACGCUUAUAAACCUUGCAUCUGGGGGUUGUGUUGUUGGAAUUCCUCUCCUGUAUUUCAUGGCUUUGUUGACUUUGAUGCGUUGUGGGAAGAUGGUUUGGAGGAGAUUGACAGAAAACCAAAACAGGUAGUGGAUUCACACUCAGCUUGGGUAAAACUAGUUUUGUUGUGCAAGUCUCUUCUCAGUGUAAGUGAGAACUUCAAAUUGACCAGAGAGAUGCUUUUUUUUGCAUGUAUAAACGUCUCAAUUCUGUAUUUCCCUAACAUUCAGAACAAUUCCUGUUAAUUUUGAAACAAUAUGUUGCUCCUAGUCUCUAUUUUCCCGCU